AUGCCUGAAAAAAUGGAAAACAAAAGAUUUUCAGAAUUUGAAAAAAAGUGUUUUCGCGGGCCUAGAGAGACCCCGCAAAUUCCGGGGAAAAAAACUCCGGGGAAAAGCGGGCGGAGUCGGGGGCGGAGCCUAAAAUGCAACCCUGGCACGGUUUUGCCGCACGGUUUUUUUGCACAUUAG